AUGACACCAACAUUUCCAAACCCAAUCAAAAUCAUAUUCUUAUCAAUAUUACUUUUGAUAAACAUCAAAAUCGCCUACAGUCAACCAAAUCAAUCAAUUUUAGUGUUCUAUAUGCAAGAUGUCGGAAAAGGACCUAAUGCAACUGUUUUGCCAAUUAUCGUUGAUGAUCCGAUUACAUUAGCUUCUAGUCCAACUUCAACUCAAAUUGGAAGCGCGCAAGGUAUAAUUAUAGUAACUUCUCAAGAUGGUGCAAAUGUGAAUAUAAUUUUAUCAAUUGUGUUCAACAAUGCUCAAUACAGUGGAAGCACUUUAGAAAUUCAAGGUACCAGUCGUCAACGUGAGAAUUUAAGAGAACUCAGUAUUGUGGGCGGAAUAGGAAGAUUUCGAUUUGCAAGAGGAUUCAUUGUGUUUGAAACUAUAUCUUAUGAUGCCUCAAAUAAUCAAUCGGUUAUUCGAUUGACUAUUACUUUAGAAACACCAUAA